CGGAAGUUGAAGGAACUAUGAAUGUCAAAGAGUAGCAUGGUGGACUGUGAUGUCUAGUAACCUACAGUAAAAACAUGUCGGGGUGUAGUUUCUUUAGGAUUGCUACGGUAACAAAAUGCAUCACAGCCGACUCUACAACGUCGCUGUGCAGGACGACCGUAUUCAACAGAAUACAGACGUGUGGAUAUGCUAAGAAAGUUGUGACCAAAGGGAAAGGUAUUGGGAAAGAUGAGUCAGAUGGCCCAGAGGUGUGUCGAGACCCCGUCAGACUUACUUCUUAUGCAGUAGGGGUCAACAUCUUCAAAGUAGGAGACGACCCCCAUCUGAAGCCCCCUGAUCAAUAUCCAGAGUGGUUGUUCCAGUUGAACCUGGGAAUGCCCAAAAAGCUGCCAGAGCUGGAGCCGGACACCUGGGAAUACUGGAGGCGUCUGAGGAAGGAGAACAUUUGGCGUUUCAACAAACUACAAAAAGGGAAGAAGUUUUAAGCCUUCAGUGGACUGACGGAGGGCUUCUUCCCAAGGGUCGGGUUGCUUCAGACUCGGGGGGCUGAAUUACCCGACAUGCUGUAUGUUCAGGGUAAUAAUACCUGAAAGCUCAUGUUGGUCAUGUUAAAAGAACAUACAGCCAGAGUAAAGCCUCAACAAUGAAACCGUCUCAACAAAAAUUGAAACUCAUAAGAAUUCUUCACCUUGGAAACAACAUUUGGCAAAACGACCUCAUCGCUAGAAUCAUUUGGCAGUUGGCAACUUUUAAACAUCAUGUGAUGGAAAGCUCUCACUUAGCAGUGAGAUUCUUUUUUUUCAUUUUCUUGAAGGUAGUUUUAUUUGGUUCAGGGUUGCUGCAUUGAAUUGAAUUAGUUUGUAAAUGUAAUGUAAUGUAAAACAAAAAUGUUUAAUCUUUUCUUACGUUUUUGUCUCAUAUCUGAAGAAAAAUGGCCUACUUAUAUUUUCACAAAUCCUGUUCCCUGUUUUUUUCUUUUCAUUUUGCAAACUCGUCAUAAAUAAAGAGUAAUAAGUACA